AUGGUCAAGUGUCUUAUUCAUUUUUUUCCAUUUUUCUGUGCUUUCAUAAUAAUUUUCAGGCAGGAUAUUCUUGAUGAGAGACGUCGAAUAGCCCGUCUUUGUUGGAAACUGCGUACAAUGAGUACGGAAUGCGUACAUGAAGUCCCCUGCAGCACACCAUCGGCAUUCAGUCCUUUGCAGAGAGCUAAGGAUGAAGAAUCCGAAGAGGUGUGGCGUGAGCGUUGUGAGCUGGAAGAAGCCGCACGAGCCGCCUUAAUCACGGAAAUUGUUCGUCUAAGGAAUGACUGUGCCAAUCUUCGAGCCAAAAUUGAGCAUUGUGGUCAGCUUCAGGUAUCCGCCAGCACGAGGUUCUGA